GGGCAAGGCAAGGAAAAAAGAGGUGGAUUCGCAGCCAAACCGUUGAGCCAUCUUUUAAAAAAUAUAUCAGCUUCUAAGGGGUAAUGGGUGAGUUUUUGCCACUUCCGCCCCCCCCCCCCCUUGCCAGGUAAGAGCAGCGGCGGAGAUCUGAGGCCGGUUUUUUUUUCUUAAAGGGGCAGGUGCUGGGGGUCCCUCCCCUCUGCAAAUCUGCUCAGCUGGGCCCCCUCCAGUUCCUUCCAACUUUCCCCAGACUUUGCACGUGGAGGCCCCCCGGAGGCGAAGGGGCAGCGUCUCCCUGCCCUCCAAGGGUCUUGCAGAGGAGCGGGAAGGGGGUCGACCCUCCCCUCGCCCCUUCUGCCGGCGCCUCCUCUUUUGCCCUGUAGCUGCCUGUUAACUAUGCCGGGUGGGGCCAGCAGCAGAGGCGGGAAGGGAACCGCCCCGGGGCUGCUCCGGGAAGCGGAGAAACGAAACCAGCUCCUGCUCCUCUCGCCCCAUUAAGGAGGCUGCAGCCAUGGCCGAGGAGGGUCCCGUCCGGGAGCUCUGCGAGGAAUCCACUUGCUCCGUCUGCCUGCAGUUCUUCAGGGAUCCCGUCAUGAUCCCCGAGUGCGGCCACAAUUUCUGCCGGGCCUGCCUGACCCACAGCUGGGGGGCCUUGGAGGGGGCAGAGGCUUCGUGCCCCCAGUGCAGAGGGAGAGCCCAGGAGGGGACCCUCCGGCCCAACCAGCAGCUGGCCAACUUUGUCGACAUAAUCCGGAAGCUCCGUCCGGAGAAGGGCCUGGGAGAGGCAGGUGUGAUGGAGGCAGAAGGGAAGGGGGGCGUCUGCGAGCUGCACCAGGAGCCCCUGGAGCUUUUCUGCCGCGAGGACGAGGCCCCCCUCUGCCUGGUCUGCAGCAGAUCCCAGGAGCACCGAGACCACCAGGUGACCCCUCUGGAGGAGGCAGCCGGAGGGAAGAAGACAUCUAUUGCAGGUAAGAAGGAGAGAGUUUGCCAGAAACACCAGAAGCCGCUGAAACUCUUCUGCAUGGACGAUGAAGCCCCCCUCUGCGUGGUCUGUGACCAGUCCUUGGAGCACCAAUAUCACAGAAUCGUUCCUGCGGAGGAGGCUUCUCAAAAGUACAAGGUCAGAAAUCGACCAGGUGGAUGAUGGUGGGGAAGAUGUGAGAUUCCUUUCGAGCUGGACUCCUGGGUGUCCCACUUCACUUUUCAUUGGGAAACGCUUAGGCCUCCUUGUGUCCAAACAGGGAGGACAAUCUCUCUUUGAUGCCUGUCUCCUGGUUUGGCUGCUCCCUUCCUGA